AGGGUGUGCUGAGAUAAACCUCUGUAAGUUGGCUGGUGGACCUUGCCAUUGAAAAAUAGUCUUAUACAGAAAGGUAAAACCGUUGUGUGCUGUUAUCCAAGAGGUAUUUUUGUAUAGCUAUUUCUCUCUUAUUUACACUUACAUGGUCUCUAGUUCUUAAAUGCAAGUUUUUCAAUAGAAGGGCUUGAAAAACAGUUGUGUAUGGGUGCAGAAGCAGAUGGACAGUUGACAGAGCUUCUUUUCUGGUAGCUACUAACGUGCUGUAGAGGUGACAGACUUUGUUUCUGAGAGAAAAUGCCAGCUUCAGUGCUUGCUUUUACUGUUCCUUGCCAGUCGCUGCAGGCAGCACUGGACUUGGCUGUCAAAGUCACUGCCUGCAAGUUUCUGUAUCAAAAAAGUAAGAGGGAAAUAGCCACCAGGGAAGGAAUGGGAGAAUAGGAAUGUACCCAUCAAAGCCAGUGAGUAAACAGUAGGCAUAGUUAUUACCUCAGAACAUAAGGCUUGUUGUAGCGUGAAAAAUUUAGACAAUAUACCCUAACUUGUUUAAAACCCUGAAAUGAAAGAUGCACAGAGAUCUGAGAGACCUGAGUCUCUCCAGAGUUUUUUCUGUCACCUGGAACCUAUUCAUGUGCCUGGAUGCUCUUGCUAUUUGAGUUGUCUGUCGUCUCACUACAGCAUGUAUUUUUUUUCCUUUGCUUUUAACUUACUUGUUGUCAAAGUUAGCUUGUUCCAAGUCAGCAGGCUCUGUGUGGUAACAGUGAACUAUUUUCGGAGGGCGGGGGGAAAAAUUGUAAAAUAUAAGGCCUGUUACAAAGCAGAUGCAAACUUCUGCUGCUUAAUUUGGCCAUGGCACCAAAACAAAUACUAUAUCAGAGCACUGUUUACUUUUACAAGUUCUUUGGGCAGGUUUAUAUGUUUGUUUAAUUAAAACCCUAAAUGAAACAUACAUAAUAUAUGCACAUAAAUCAUCCACUUUCCCCUUCUUUGAGUAUUAUAUUUCUGAAUUUAUUUUGGGCUUUGAGAGUUAUGCCGCAGCACUUAGCGGUGACUGCUCUUUGGUUAAACAUGUCUCUGAGAGACAAGAUAUAGAAAUACUCAGUUAAUGUCAACAAAUUUAAUGUGAACACCGAAAGGGAUUGGGCCUGUCAUUGGUGCAGGCUCUGCUGCUGAUUUCAGACGCAACACAAAGGCAGCAAUCCACUACCUUUCAAGGAGUGGUACUAAGAGAGAUCAUCCAAGUAAGAGCUAACGUAAAGAAUCUUUACAGCUAUGUUAGCUAUCACUUGCCAGUUCUGGCAUUUUAUAGAUUUUUAUCUAGUUUCUGAUCGGCAAAUAGAGCUUUUUGUCCCCUCUUUCCAAAGCCUGAAGUACCUUAAUGCUAAGAAUUUUUAGAUUUGGAGAAAAAUGAUGACGGCUUUUGGUGUAUAAAUGAGUUUGAAUUAAUCAAUUUCAAGCAUUCCUAUUCAUUUUUACUAGGUGGUUUGCUCAGAGCUCCGUGAUUUUCUUUAACAGAGGCCCAAUGACUCUGUAUAAAGUUUUGCCAUUGGCUUGUGUCUCAGUGUUCCAGUUAUUAACCUGUUUUGUUGAUUUUUAUUUUAUUUAUUUAUUUAUUUUUUACCCCUGCAAAGUGUAUUUGUUCAGAGGGCUGGGGAUUGUUUAGGAAGUUAUUGCCAGUCUGCAUACAUUUAUACUUUCUGGGGGCGGAGGGACAACUGCUGCUAUCGCAAGGCUGUUACACACUGUAAGGAAGGACAUGAAGCAGCAAGUUUUUAAACUAGCAUUAAUCUCUUCUGUGGUUUCAGAACGCCUCUGGGAGCCUCCCUGGAUGAGCAAAGCAAUCCUCUACUGAAGGGCAUGCUGGUGAGAAAUGGAGGAAGCUUUGAAGAUGACUUAUCCCUGGGAGCUGAAGCUAAUCAUCUGCGGAGUGAUACCCAAAUGGAAACAUGCAAUGGUAUGUUGGCGAAGGAGAGGAGACUUCAGUUUCACCAGAAGGGAAGAAGUAUGAACUCCACAGGGUCUGGAAAAAGCAGUGCAACUGUUUCAAGCGUUUCUGAAUUACUGGAGCUUUAUGAGGAAGACCCAGAAGAAGUGCUCUAUAACCUUGGGUUUGGAAGAGAUGAACCAGAUAUUGCUUCAAAAAUUCCAGCAAGAUUUUUUAAUUCAUCAUCAUUUGCCAGAGGGAUAGAUAUCAAAGUGUUUUUGAAUGCCCAAAUGCAACGCAUGGAAGUGGAAAAUCCAAAUUUUGCCUUAACAAGUCGUUUUCGUCAGAUUGAAGUGCUUACUACUGUGGCCAAUGCCUUUUCUUCUUUGUAUUCUCAAGUCUCUGGGACUCCGUUACAGAAAAUUGGCAGUAUGAAUUCAGUGUCUUCCAGCAAAGAGGCAUCCAGCCCUCCCCCUUUAAAUCGAAGCAAUACAGCCAGUCGGUUAAUGAAGACCUUAUCAAAGCUCAAUCUUUGUGGCACGCAGCAGGCCGAUGGCGGCGGCUGCUCAACUCCGUCCCCUGUUGACAAAGGGAAAAGUCCAGUGGAACCAGGGAGUGAGGAAGACGAUGUUAAAAGUGAAUCUAAAUUACCAAAGUACUCUAAAAAGAAAGACUCCCCCUCUUUGCUGGCUACUGUAAAGGAGGAGAUGGCCGCUUCUCAGACAAAUACUACAGAGACACACACAUCUGCAAAUCUUCCUGCUGGAACUAAUCAUGGGCAGGAGAGCGCUGUGCCCUCAGCAGAUGCACCAAAUAGCAAGUUGGCAAGCCCCCAAGACAGACCACGUGAAGAAUCUCAUCUUUUGGACUCUACCCUUAGCAGUGAUUCUAACGCAUCUAGUGAGUCUGAAAGUAGCACUCAGAUGCAAAGGCCUCCUACAUCAUCGCCAGGUAAAGAACCCUGUGCUCCUGUAGCAAAUCCAUCCAUAAUGAAUCUAAUGCUGCAGCAGAAGGACUCCUUUGAGAUGGAAGAGAUCCAGAGUACAGAGGGAGAUCUCCCGCAUGUUCCAACUUCUCACCAGCUGGUAGUGGCUAAAUCAAGGAAAGAUCAGCUGUUACGGACUGCUAGUCAGCACUCUGACAGCAGUGGUUUCGCAGAAGAUUCCUCCACAGAUUGUUUCUCGUUUAAUCAUCUUCAGGUUCAUGAGUCUUUGCAGGGCAUGGGAAGUAGUGCAGACAGCUGUGACAGUGAGACAACUGUGACGUCGCAUAGUGAGGAACAGAAAACACCGAUAGCCAAGGAGCUGCCCUUUUUCAAUAAGUUUGAGGAGGAGGAUGAGGAUGAGGAAGACGAAGAAGAGGAUGUGCUCUCUGAAAGGGAGAGACGAAAGGUAGAGGCAUCUUCUGACAACAGAAGGAAAGACAGUAAAAACAUUCCUGAAUAUGAAACUGAACAAAAGCAAGAAGGAGAAAGCAAGUCAUCUCAUUUAUCAGAGAGAGUUCAAGCAGAGGUCAGCUCCAAAGGGGAAGAUGUUCCCAAUGAGCAAAAAGAAUUGGAGCUCCUGGAGGAAGGCAGUGAUGAAAGUGAUCUUGACAAAAGCAGUGCAUUUGAAUUUCCUCAGUACCAAACACACCAUAUCCUGAAGCCAGCAGAAUCUCUUGAAACUGGUGGCUCGUCGCUUUCCUCAGUGGACAGGGUCCAUGUGGCACUGCAGAGAGCCCAGAUGAAGAUCAUCAGCACAUCUGAUCCCAGGGCAGGGCGCACUCUGCUUAAAUCAAAAGAUCUCCUCAGGAAGCAGAGGUGCUGGUUUGCUGAAUCAGGCUAUCCACUAAGGCGAUCUCAGUCUCUCCCAACUGCAUUACUGAAUCCAGUGAAAGUAGUGUCUUCUGUGAAUGUCCAGUUAACUCCAGGAAAAGAGACUUUGUGCAGUCCUCCUUCUUUCACUUACAAGUACACCCCUGCAGAGGACAACGAGAACCUGACAUCUGAGAAUGACAAAUCGGAGGUUAAGCCGGCUGCCAGUCAGCCUGUGUGCAAAUCCACGCUGUUUAUUGCUCCUUCGUCCUCCAAAAAAGAAAUAUCCCAGAGCGGACCUGGCAGGCUGCCUGAGGAACCCAGUCAUGCCAGGGUACAGAGCUGCCCGCUGCACAUCCCAGCACCCAUGUCCCAGUCGGUGUGUUCCCUGCACUCGCUUCACUCCGAGUGGCAGGAGAGACCUCUCUGCGAACACAUGAGGACCCUGAGCACCCACAGUGUCCCAAGCAUCUCCGGCUCUUCCUUUGGCGCUGCGCUUUCCCCUUUUGGCUGUCCCUUCUCUCCAAGGCACGCUGGACAUUCUCAUCGACCUCAUGCCAUCAAUCCACCCUCCACCGUAGAAAUGCAGCUGCGCAGAGUCCUACAUGAUAUCAGAAACUCUCUGCAGAAUCUCUCUCAGUAUCCGGUGAUGAGAGGUCAUGAUCUUUCAGCUGCUGCCGGUUUUGCUACUCAGAGAUCAUCCAUUCUACCUCUCUAUGAAAAUACUUUCCAGGAGCUACAAGUGGUGAGGCGAAAUCUAAACUUAUUCAGAACCCAAAUGAUGGAUUUGGAAUUGACUAUGUUACGUCAACAGACAACUGUCUAUCAGCACAUGACUGAGGAGGAAAGAUACGAAGCUGAUCAGCUACAGAGCUUGAGAAAAUCUGUCCGCAUGGAGCUGCAGGAGUUAGAAAUGCAGCUAGAAGAACGUCUACUCGCUUUGGAAGACCAACUGAGAAGUCUGCACAUGUCUUCACCUUACAGGCCUCAGACACAUUUGGGUAUGUAUGGCAGCAGAAGUACAGAUUAUCUAUCGUGUCCUUCUCCGUUGAAUGUCAUUGAACCAGUCUCCGAACUUAUUCGAGAGCAGUCGUUUCUGAAGUCUGAAUUGGGUUUAGGACUGGGAGAUCUUGGACUGGAAUCUCUACCAGCAGAGGGUUCAGAGUCUGUAUUCUCCCAUGGAAACUCUGAUUCUUCUUCAGUGUGCUCCAGUCACGCAAGUAGGAAAGCUGGUGUUGGAUCCUCUGAGCUAACAGGAAAGUCUAAGAGUCAAAGCAAGAAGUUAUACCGAGCCUCUGUUGCCUUAACGCCAGCUCCCCCUGUGAGAGCAGGUGCUGGACAGCAAGUAGAAAGCUCCGAGGAGCUUGCAGAUUCCAAGUCAGAGGUGGAACACAAACUUGAAAAAAACCCACUAGUGCCUUCAGUUGAUGAAAUCCACAAAAGUGUGGAGCAGGAGGAGCUACAGCAGGUCAUACGAGAGAUCAAGGAAUCCAUUGUUGGUGAAAUACGACGAGAAAUAGUAAGUGGAUUGUUAGCAGCAGUAUCAUCCCCAAGCAGAUCUGCAACUACAAAACAAGAUUCACAGCCAUGAAACGGGUACUGCAGGUUGGAUGUAGUCCGAAGUGCUGUGGAUUUCUGCUUUGGGCGGCAUACACUGGUGAAAGUGUCAAGUUAUUUUUGCUUCAGGAGAUGUUAAAGCUGCUGAGAUAGGCUACUGUAUUCAACGCUUGGUUCUAUGACGCGUACUUUUCCUUGAGUUCAUAUAUAAAGCCUUAGACACUUUAACUAGUUUAUUACUUUCCAUAAGGCAUCAACAAAACUGUAGCUGUCCGAAAGGUUUUGUAUUUAUUUGUAUGUCCCUGUUGUAAAUUUUUAUGUAGCUAACUUCUUUAUUUAGUGAUGCAUCAUGAAACUUGAAAAUUUCCAGACUUAAACGAUUUAUAAAUAACACACAAACAUUCAGCCUAGCUUUUUUUAAAAACAAACAAACAAAAACACUGACCUCUAUGAGGUAUUUAUUGUGCAAUAACUGAUCCACUUUGAGAGCUUGAAACAACCAAUAAUUGUUUCCACUGCUGUUACUUAGUGCCACUUCAAAAGAAGGAAAAAUCCUGUUGUAAAAAUUGUUGUUAAUUCUUGGGGAGGUUACUAUUAGCAGAGUGGUAGAAUGACAUGAGGUUACUUAAAACUACUUAAAGUUCUGACACUGAAAGCCUUAUCUUUGUGUAGAAGACAACUUUUAACUAAUUUUAUUUGCUUCCUUACUGUUUGCCCAUCCCUCUGUGGAAAAGUGCCUUAUUUUAAGCAUUGUUUUUGUCUUUGACUGCUUCUCACUCAUAUCAAGAGAAGUUCUGUUUUCUGCUUUAUAUAAACAGAAUACAAUAAAAGUACUGAUAUUCUGAAAGAAAUUAGGAUGUAUAACCUGGAAUGGAUGAAUGACCUUGCUUGUAUUAUGGGGAAAAUGGAAAAUUUUCUUUUCCUUCCCCAUCCUUCACUGAUUCUAUUUUCAGUUAGCCUAGUGAACAUGUGUUUGUUCCGAUGGAAAAAAAUUGGAAGUCAUUGGAGGUUUUAUGUGGUCAAGUAGACAUUUAGCAGAUACAUAAUAUCCUACCUGACUGUGCUUGGAAUUCUCCUUACUCCUUUGCCAUUUCCAGCUACUAAAACUUAUACUGUGUCAAGGUCUCUAAUCAGAAAUAGUUUCAAAUAUAACAAUAUUACAUGAAAAAGUUUAUCUAAAAGAUUUUAAUUGUGUUAGGUAGACACACAGAAGGGCUGAUUUCUUUAAAAAAAAAAAAAAAGUAUAUUAAACCAAUAAAAUAUUUAUU